ACAAAUCCAUGUUUCAGCAAGCAUAAUUCCAUAGCACAUUGGCAUCCUUCUCCUCCAAAUUUAACCCCACAAUAACAUCUUCUUGCCAACUCACGCACAACCUUGACACCAAUAAAUAACCCUGAUUAAAACUCUCUCUCUCUCUCUCCUUGUCCCUCCGUCUUUCUCUCUCAAAACCACCAAUCUCUCUCCCUCUCCCCGCCGGGAGAAACCCCAUUUUCCGGUGGCGGGAAGGAUAUUUGACCGUUAGGUUUCACCAGGGCUCCGUUGCUUUUUCUUUGCCGACUUUUCAAAUAUUUAAAAGUUAGUUAUAAUGACGACCGUGGCUUCUCCAAGGAAAUCAUCAUUUACAGAGGUUUUACAAAGAGUUUAUGGGAAUCUUGGGUCCUUAAGUAGUAGUAGCAAUAGCAGCAACGGCUUUUAUAGUAAUAAUCUACAAAAGCACAAGUGUUAUGUUCACGAGAGUGAAGAUGAUUUUGAAGAGGAAGAUGGGACCAUGGAGCUUGUUCAGAUUGGUGCUGCAAGAACCAAGAAUGUUUUGAUCCUUAUGAGCGAUACAGGUGGUGGUCAUCGUGCUUCUGCUGAAGCCAUUCGUGAAGCUUUCAAGCUUGAAUAUGGUGAUGAAUACAACAUAAUCGUGAAGGAUGUUUGGAAAGAGUACACAGGCUGGCCAUUGAAUGAUAUGGAGGGGCAAUACAAAUUCAUGGUGAAACAUGUACAGCUAUGGAAGGUGGCAUUUCACAGUACUUCUCCAAGAUGGAUACACUCAUGCUAUCUUGCCGCAAUCGCUGCCUACUAUGCCAAGGAGGUUGAGGCUGGUCUAAUGGAGUACAAGCCAGAUAUAAUUAUCAGUGUUCAUCCCUUGAUGCAGCAUAUUCCCCUGUGGGUUCUGAAAUGGCAAGGCUUACAAAAGAAAGUGAUUUUUGCUACAGUCAUCACCGACCUCAAUAGCUGCCAUCCUACAUGGUUAGUUGAUUUGAGUUAUUUUGAAGUAAGAUGUUUCAUUAACCCCACAAUCAUAAAUUGUUUUAUCUUAACAAAGGGAUUUCUCAGGUUUCAUCCUGGGGUGAAUAGAUGCUACUGCCCAUCAAAGGAGGUAGCUAAGAGGGCUGCACUAGAUGGGCUGGAAGAUUCUCAAAUCCGUGUUUUUGGCUUGCCCAUCCGACCGUCUUUUGCUCUUGCAGUUCUUUCCAAGGAUGAGUUAAGAGAAGAGCUUGAACUGGACCCUGAUUUGCCUGCAGUUUUACUGAUGGGAGGUGGUGAAGGUAUGGGGCCUGUUAAGAAAACAGCAUUGGCUCUUGGAGAAUCACUGUUUGAUAAAGAACUUGGAAAACCACUUGGGCAAUUAAUCAUCAUUUGUGGCCGUAACAAGGCUCUCAAAUCAACCUUGGAGUCUCAUGAAUGGACAAUCCCAGUUAAGGUUAGAGGAUUUGAGACACAGAUGGAGAAAUGGAUGGGAGCUUGUGACUGCAUAAUUACGAAAGCUGGACCUGGCACAAUCGCAGAAGCAUUGAUUAGAGGGCUUCCUAUUAUUCUCAAUGACUACAUUCCUGGACAAGAAAAGGGCAAUGUGCCUUACGUUGUAGACAAUGGGGCUGGUGUCUUCACCAGAAGUCCUAAAGAAACAGCAAGAAUCGUUAAAGAAUGGUUUAGCACGAAAACAGAUGAACGUAAAAGGAUGUCAGAAAAUGCACUCAAACUAGCCCAACCGGAGGCCGUAUUUGACAUCGUGAAGGACAUUCACGAACUUGCGCAAGCACGCGGUCCUCUUGCGAAUAUCCCUUACAUAUUGACAUCAUCAUUCGCAAGCAUAAUCUGAUCAAUGAAACCUUACAUCAUCCAAGGCGCAUUAUCAACUGAGACCAAGGUGUGUCAGCGCUAGAAUGAAAUGUACAGCUAGUUCUAGUAGUAUCAUUCUUUGUCCUCAAGGGUCUUUGAACACCAAAAAUAGGGUCGUGAAUUGCUCUAAAUUAGUCAGUAAAGGUUGUUUUUCUUUUGGGAUAUUCUUUUGGGAGGAGUUAAUUAGAGGUCUGGUAAGAGUUGAUUGUGUUUCAUCAUUCUUUUCUUAUUAUUGCAGUGUUCUAGUUUUCAGGAUA